GGACUAAUUAUAAAUCUCAUUGAAGCGGAACCUUUUGUGUUGUUCCUCUACGGGUGUGUUUUGCUGUUGCGCCGACGGAAGCGGAAGUGAAACCGGAAGUGGCGGCUCGCUCCACUGUCAGUCGCUGCUGUUGUUGUUGUUUUUCCUGCGUCUGAGCCGUGACCGAACCGAGCCGAGCCGAGCCGUUCUGAUCCGGCCAUGGCGGUGAGCGCGGUCCACCUGGAGUCGGACGCCUUCCUCGUGUGCAUGAACCACGCGCUGAGCACCGAGAAGGAGGAGGUGAUGGGCCUGUGCAUCGGGGAGGUGGAGCUCAGCCGGAUCGUCCACAUCCACUCGGUCAUCAUCCUCCGCCGCUCCGACAAGCGCAAGGACCGGGUGGAGAUCUCCCCGGAGCAGCUGUCGGCGGCGUCCACGGAGGCGGAGCGGCUCGCGGACACCACGGGCCGGCCCAUGCGCGUGGUGGGCUGGUACCACUCGCACCCGCACAUCACCGUGUGGCCGUCGCACGUGGACGUGCGCACGCAGGCCAUGUACCAGAUGCUGGACCAGUGCUUCGUCGGACUCAUCUUCUCCUGCUUCAUCGAGGACAAGAACACCAAGACGGGCCGCGUGCUCUACACCUGCUUCCAGUCCGUGCACGCGCCCAAGGGCUCCGAGUACGAGCGCGUGGAGAUCCCGAUCCACGUCGUGCCGCGCGAGGCCAUCGGAAAGGUCUGUCUGGAGUCGGCCGUGGAGCUGCCCAGGAUCCUGUGUCAGGAGGAGCAGGACACCUACCGCAAGAUCCACAACCUGGCCCACCUGGACCCGGUCACCAAGAUCCACAACGGCUCCGUGUUCACCAAGAACCUGUGCAGCCAGAUGUCUGCGGUGAGCGGACCGCUGCUGCAGUGGCUGGAGGACCGACUGGAACACAACAAGCACAGCAUCCUGGAGCUGCAGCAGGAGAAGGAGAGGCUGCUGCAGGAGCUGGAGGCCCUGUGAGGGGGGGGGGGGGCAGGAG